CAAUCUCACAAUCCACAAAGUCUGAUCCAUUAGAUUUCAGUCAUGGCCGCUGCUCUAUCACCAGUACACCAUGUAGUGAUUUUUCCUCACAUGGCUCAAGGCCACACCAUUCCCUUACUAGACAUAUCAAAAGCCCUCUCAAACCGUGGCCUAAAAGUCACAAUCAUCACCACCCCAUCAAAUGCUCCAUUCAUCUCUUCCAGAACCAACAAGCACCCAAAUAUCACUUUGUCAAUAAUCCCAUUUCCAAAAGUUCCAGACUUGCCACAAGGCUGUGAGAAUACAGCUGACCUUCCUUCAAUGGCUCUAUUUGCUACCUUUAUAGAAGCCACAAAAAAAAUGAAACAACCUUUUGAGGAUGUUCUUAGAAACAUGAUUGAUGAUGGGUGUCCUCCAAUUUGUGUUAUCUCUGACUUUUUCCUCGGUUGGACACUUGAGUCAUGUCAUUUAUUUGAUAUUCCACGUAUUGUCUCUCAUGGAAUGGGCGUGUUUGCUAUGGUUAUUUGCAAAUCUCCUUCUCUGCAUGUCCCAAGUGUUAAGGAUUUGUCACUUUUGGAUCCUAUAGAUUUUUCUGAGCUGAAAUUUCCGUUCACUUUGAACAAAGGUGACAUCCCUGAGGUACUUUUAACUGGUGAUCAUGUGCGUCUUGUAAUGGAGCUUGCAGAAGCGGAUGUGAAUAGUUGGGGUGUAAUUGUUAAUAGCUUUGAAGAGAUUGAAGGUGAAUAUGUUGGAGCACUUGAAUCCAACUAUUUCAAUGAAGCCAAAUCUUAUUGUGUGGGACCACUUCUCCUCUAUGAUCAACUUGAUCAAGAAUUGGAUGCUUCAUACAUCAAGUGGCUAGAUAAGUAUGUUGAAUCUAAUGAAUCAGGCAGUGUGAUUUAUGUUUCAUUUGGUACACAAACACAUUUGUCAAAUGAUCAAAUGGAUGAGAUUGCUUUUGGGUUGGAGAUGGCAGGCCAUCCUUUCAUUUGGGUUGUGAGAUCAAAGACUUGGGCUCCACCAGAUGGAUGGACUAAGAGAGUGAAAGAAGAAGGGUUGGUUGUAUAUGAUUGGGUGGAGCAACGAAGCAUACUAGCACACCCUUCAAUAGGUGGGUUUUUGAGUCAUUGUGGUUGGAACUCAGUGUUGGAGAGCUUGGCAAAUGGGGUUCCACUUUUGACUUGGCCUAUGCUUGAUAUUAGUGAGCAAGCCUUGAAUGCUAAACUUGUAACAAUGGGAUUUGGUGCUGGGUUAGUGGUCCCAAAAAGAGAUGUUGGAGGUGAGAAAAUCACGACGAUUGAUAGGGGUGUGAUUUGUGAGAGAGUGAAGGAGUUGAUGGGUGGUGCAAAGGGGAGGAAGGUUAAGGAGAGGGCACAAGAAUUGGGGCGAUUGGCAUGCCAUGCUGUGGAGAAAGGUGGUUCUCGUAAGAAAUUGGACGAGCUGAUUGAGCGGCUCACCAAUAAAAAUAUGUGAUCAAAACCUCUUUAUCUCUUUAAUUUGAAAAUGU